AUGUUCAGCCCCGACGGGGCGCUGCCGGCCGCCCCCUUCGGCCUCCUGCCCGACGCCGCGCCGCCCUUUCCCCGCGGCGGCUUCGACGGGGCGGCCGCCCAGCCGCUCUUUUUCCCGUUCUCCGCCGAGCCCGAGCCCCCCCGGGAGCCGCCGCCCCGCGCCUGGCUGCCCGCGCCGCCCGCCCCGCCCUGGUCCGCCCCGGCCGCCCCCGCCGCUCCGACUUUCCCCGCCGCCGCCUUCCCCGGGGCCCCGCUGUGCCCCGCCGCGCCGCCCCCGGGCCCGGGCGGGCACCCGGCGCUGGGCAGCAGCGGCAGCUCCAGCGGCGCCGCGAGCGAGGGCGGACAGUCCAGCGACAGCGGUGACGAGGAUGCGCCAACCUCGGAGGAGCUGGAGCAGUUCGCCAAGGACCUCAAGCACAAGCGCAUCAUGCUGGGCUUCACCCAGGCUGACGUGGGGCUGGCCCUGGGCACCCUCUACGGGAAGAUGUUCAGCCAGACAACCAUCUGCCGCUUCGAAGCGCUCCAGCUCAGCUUCAAGAACAUGUGCAAACUGAAGCCACUGCUGCAGCGUUGGCUCAACGAGGCAGAGAACACAGACAACAUGCAAGAGAUGUGCAAUGCAGAGCAAGUGUUGGCUCAAGCCCGGAAGAGAAAACGUAGGACCAGCAUCGAGACCAAUGUGAAGGGGACACUGGAAAACUUCUUCCGCAAAUGCGUGAAGCCCAGUCCUCAGGAGAUCUCCCAGAUCGCAGAGGACCUCAAUCUGGACAAAGAUGUGGUCCGGGUCUGGUUCUGCAACCGGCGUCAGAAAGGCAAGCGGCUGCUGCUGCCCUUCGGCAACGAGGCGGAGGGGGUGAUGUAUGACAUGAACCAGUCCCUGGUGCCCUCUGGCCUGCCUGUCCCAGUGACAUCUCAGGGCUACACCCUGGCACCGUCCCCUCCUGUCUACAUGCCACCCUUCCACAAAGCCGAGAUGUUCCCUCAAGCGCUGCAGCCUGGGCUCUCCAUGAGCAACAACAACCAAUGA